AUGACCGCCAUUGAUGCUCCUGAGGUAAAAGCUGCAAAUGAGCGAGUCAGGGACCAAGAAGCAACCCCCCAGGACACUCAGUUUGAAACCCUUGUUUCUGAGCUUCGAGGCCUUACCGGUUGCACCGCUGCAGCUGUGGGUAUCCAAGACCUGCAAGCCCAAAGGGGUACAGAGGAAGUCCAAUGA